UCAAUUUGUGUAUCAUCGUUUCAAACAUUUAACAAUGUCACAGCCUCUAAGCUUGCUCCUCCUUAUUCUCUCCCUCUUCUUCCUCCACUCCUUAGCCACCAAUUCUACUUCUUUCUCACCACUAUGCGCCCCGCACCAUUGCGGUGAUGUACUGAUCAGCUACCCCUUUUGGCUGCACGAUGAUAACGCCACUUCCGAUGAAUCAUAUUGUGGCUACAAGGGCUUCGGUCUCACGUGCCCGUCGGUUGGCGAGAAACCUAUACUUGCUUUGCCCGGCAAUACAUACCACGUAAAGGAAAUAGAUUAUACUCAAUACACCCUCACCCUCGUCGACAUCGACACCGCGAACCAAUCGUGUCCGAGGGUGCGUCAAAACGUUACUCUCGGCACGCUGCCAUUGAACUUUUCCGGUGGAGAUCUGAACCUCAGUUUUUACUUUAACUGCAGUUCCUCCUACACAGCACUCGUACCGGUGCCUUACAUAGGAUGCUUGGGGGUAUCAUAUAAUGGGAACCGGUCUUUUGUUUUUGUGGAGGGGGAAGAGACGGCGGCAGGGUUUGAAUGGGCAAGUAUUUGCCAGGAGAAAGUGGUGGCGACUGUGAUGAGGACGGAGAUCGAUCUUGGCAAUCUGACUGGUGGUUUUAUUGGGGCCAUAAAAAAUGGGUUUGGGCUUAAUUGGAAGCCGCUUCAGGAGUGCGGUACCUGUGAGAGCUCCGGUGGGUAUUGUGGGUACAACAGUUCACAGUUCUUGUGCUUAUGCAAGGAUGGCAGCACCAGUGGAGAACGCUGCAAAGGGAGUCGCAGCAAUUUCAAAGUAAAAUUAAUAAUAGGAUUGGUCGCCACAGCUUUAUCUGUUGGAGUUAUGAUGCUUACAUUUUGCUGCUUCAAGAGAAUGCUCUUGUUGUGUAAAAUUAUCUGGAAAAAGGAAAGUGAAACCCACAAGAAUGUCGAGGCCUUUCUAAGGAACAAUGGACCUCUUGCCAUUAGAAGAUACAGUUACUCAGAUAUCAAGAACAUGACCAACUUAUUCAAAAAUAAAUUAGGCGAAGGGGGCUUUGGUGGUGUCUACAAGGGGAAGUUACAAGAUGGUUGUCUUGUGGCAGUGAAGGUUCUAAAAGAAUCAAGAGGUAAUGGAGAGGACUUCAUCAACGAAGUUGCAAGCAUUAGUAGGACAUCACAUGUCAACAUUGUCACUCUUAUGGGCUUUUGUUUUGAGGGUUCUAAAAGAGCUCUCAUCUAUGAAUUUAUGCCUAAUGGAUCUCUCGAGAAGUUCAUAUACAAAGAAAAUCCCUCCAAGGCUGAUUGUCGAUUGGAAUGGGAGACUAUACACAAGAUUGCACUUGGCAUUGCUCGUGGACUAGAGUACUUACAUAGAGGCUGCAACACACGAAUCUUGCAUUUUGAUAUAAAACCUCACAACAUUCUUUUGGAUGAGAACUUCUGCCCAAAAAUUUCUGAUUUUGGCCUUGCAAAAAUAUGCGCUAAAGAAGAGAGUAUCAUAUCUAUGUCGGGUGCAAGAGGAACUCCAGGAUAUGUAGCUCCAGAACUAAUUUGUAGAAAUUUCGGAAGAGUCUCUCACAAGUCAGAUGUUUAUAGCUAUGGAAUGAUGGUUUCAGAAAUGGUCUGGGGGAGAAAGAAUAUUGAAAUCGGGGUUGAUCGCACCAGUGAAUUAUUUUUUCCACAUUGGAUUUACAAGCGUCUUGAACUAGAUGAAGAACUAGGAUUGCAUGGCCUUAUGAAUGAAGAAGAUAAAGAAAGUGCAAAGAAGUUGAUAAUAGUGAGUUUGUGGUGCAUACAGACGGACCCCUCAAACCGACCAUCCAUGAGUAGAGUUGUGGAUAUGUUAAAAGGAAGCCUCGAUUCCUUGCAAAUCCCACCCAAGCCUUUCUUGUCUUCCCCACCAAUAUCACCGGUAGAUCAUUCAACUACAAUGGAGUCAUCACAGAUGAUUCUUUAAUGUACAUACUAAAAUUCAUCCUUUUCUUGAAAGAAUCUAAAAAUGGAUCUUUUCUUUGAACAUAAUUCUUAAUGUUGGAUAAUAACUAAGAACCUUCAUGAA